CUUUGUAGAUUUCUACAUAGAGACUUCAAGCCAUUUUGCUCUUCAUUCCAUCUCUCACCCUCAUUUUCAGCUUCUCAAGCUGCAUCUCUCCAAGCAUUUCUUUGAAACUUUGCUUCUCCAAUAUGGCGUCUCAAAUCUUUCCCAUCUUUGGUUUUCUCACUCUUGCGAUGGUGGCAACUCAAGCUGCUCUGACUCCUGAACUCUACUGGUUGUCCAAGCUUCCCACUACGCCAAUGCCAAAGGCUAUCACCAAUCUCCUGCAUCCUGAGUGGAAGGAAGACAAAAGCACCUCAGUGGAUGUAGGGAAUGGUGGAGUAAACGUUGAUACAGGAAAGUCAGGAGCAGGUGGUGGCACCAAUGUGGAUGUUGGUAAAGGAGGGGUUGCUGUGAAUGCAGGACACAAGGGAAAGCCUGUCUAUGUUAAUGUUGGGCAGCCAUUUCAGUACCUUUAUGCUGCCACUGAGACUCAGUUGCAUCAUGAUCCAAACGCAGCCUUGUUCUUCAUGGAGAAGGACAUGUAUCCUGGCAAAGAACUGAACUUGCAUUUCACCAAGACCACACAAAAUGCCAUCAAAUUCUUGCCCCAACAAGUUUCUAAGAGAAUACCCUUUUCAUCAAGCAAAAUCCCAGAAAUAUUCACCAAGCUCUCUGUCAAACCUGGGUCCCUGAAGGCUCUGACCAUGAAGAAUACCAUAAAGGAGUGUGAAGUGCCAGGGAUUAGAGCUGAGGAAAAGUACUGUGCCACUUCCCUGGAAUCCAUGGUAGAAUUCACAACUUCAAAGCUUGGGAAGAACCUGUGGGCCCUUUCUACAGAGGUUGAUGAGAAGGAGACCCACAUGCAGAAAUACAUAAUGACAGUUGGAGCGAGGAAGAUGAGAGGGCCGAAAGCCAUUGUGUGCCAUUUAACCAAGUACCCAUAUGCUGUCUUUUACUGUCACAAAACGGAAGCCACAAGAGCUUAUUAUGUGCCUCUUGAGAGUGAAGAUGGGGGAAGCAAAGUGAAAGCAGUAGCAAUCUGCCACACAGACACAUCACAGUGGAAUCCAAAGCAUUUGGCCUUCCAAGUGCUAAAGGUGAAGCCAGGAACUGCUCCAGUUUGCCACUUCCUUCCUGAGGAUCAUCUAGUGUGGAUUCCCAAGUAGAUCAUGUAAGAUGGGACAUCCAUGAAUAACUAGGCGAUUGUGGAAACAUCAACUCUACAACUCAAUCCUUUUACUUGGCUUUAUGUCGUUUACCUUUACGCAUAUUUAGCAGUCUUGUGUAUCGUUAGUUUGUAAUUGUCAUGUAUCACAUGUGAAAUUCUGAAUGCUAAGUCUUUGCUUCUCUUA